GCUCCGCUUCCUUGCUGUGUCGCUCAGGGCAGUCUGGGAUCAACCGCUGGUCCUGGCCGUCCUCAAGCAACAGGAGGCAUCAUCGGAGCAACUCAGCCUUGGCAUCCCAGAAGACGCCGUGCAGCGGCUGUUGGCCCGCCUGAGACCUGCGCUGGAGUUUGCGCAGCAGGGGCUUAAGGCGGGAGCAUCUGAAAGCACGGUCCCCGCCAGCUCUGCUUCGAGGUUCCGCCUCUACACUCAGCGAGGUAUUGGCGAUGAAGCUGCAGCUCAGGCACGGCGAACGCUGCAGUCCGUGUUGAAGGUCACUGCCCGAGCCACGGAGAUUCUCGGAUUGCUGGCCUUGCUCCAUCGACAGCGCAGCUCCUACCGCGUGCUGCGAAGCUCCGUGCUAA